UGACGCUAUCUCAGUUCUACAAACAGAACAACAGGAAAACCUCAAGUAAAAACUUUUCAAUUCAAACAUAAUAGAUCAAACAAACCGCAUGAAAUGAAGUAGCUACUAAACACCUUUGAAUGAAAUUUUGUAAUCUUUAACUCAGAGUCGAACUAUUAGUGAGAACAACGCCAACCACUAAAGUAAAAACACAAUUUCCUAAAAUGGCAACUCCACUGCGCUCCCUCACGGCCGCAGGUCUACGCUAUGUCCGCACGGGCAAAUCCACGGGCGCAAGUCUACCUAGGCCUGUGCCCAUCACCACUAAUACCAUCGCAUCCCGCCCCUUCACAGCCACAGCAGCAAUUGCAUCGUCGUCGCCGCAACCCAAGAUCCUCCUCGAGGACCGGGACUCCGGAUUCGGGUUCGUGCGGCACAACCCGGCGCCGCCGAAGCCGCGUACCCGCUCCGUGACCGAGAUCCGGGGACCCUACUACACCGUCAUGGGCCCGCGGUACCUCUCAGACGUGCUAGAGACGAUGGGCACGCAUGUCGACGGACUCAAAUUCGCCGGCGGAUCUUUCAGCCUGUUCACGGAACGUCCGCUGCGGCAGUUAAUUGACCUAGCGCAUGCGCACGGGGUUUACGUGAGCACGGGCGGUUGGAUCGAGCACGUCCUAGCCUCUAGCGGCGGCGACAUACCCGGGGCCGUCGAUAAAUACCUGGCCAAGUGCAAGGACCUAGGGUUUGACGUGAUCGAGCUGAGCACGGGGUUCCUGUCGCUACCGCCUGACGACUGGCUGCGGCUAGCGGAGCGCGUGCAGAAGGCGGGCCUGAAACCCAAGCCCGAGCUCGGCAUCCAGUUCGGCGCCGGCGGCGAUACCUCCGCUGCGGAGCUACGGAGUAUUGGCACGAGCGACCCGGGUAAGGUGAUUAAUAUGGCGAAGCGGUUCUUUCAGGACACUGGCGUUGAGCGCGUUAUGAUUGAGAGCGAGGGCAUCACGGAGAAUGUGCAGACUUGGCGCACGGACGUCAUCCAGGAUAUUCUACGAGAGUUACCGCUAGAGAAUGUCAUGUUUGAAGCGGCUGAUCCGUCGGUUUUCAACUGGUACAUUCGAGAGUUCGGCGUCGACGUCAACCUCUUCGUUGACCACUCUCAGAUCGUCCAGCUGGCUGGAUUAAAAGCUGGAAUCUGGGGCAAGAGUGAUACCUUUGGCAAGAUUACUACUUACCGACCUUAGGAUGUUUGGCGAAUUAAUGGUGUUGGAUAAAGAAUUUCCAAUAUUAUCCUUUUGUUUUGUUGAACAAGACUACCUAAGGUUCACCGAAGGGUCGCUUAUUAUCGGUCGACACUGGGUUUACGGGUCAAAUGGACGUCGCCGUUUUGUCUUUUUUACGUUAUGGACGUCUAUGAGAGUAUUUGUUUACGCUACUCGGCGCUAUUGCAGGUUGGAGUAAUAGAAAAACUUCAUGGGUUGUGGACCUUGUUGCUUAGGAUAUUAUUAUGUAUAUUGACUCAGCUGUGAACAGGUAUUCAUGAGCCUGCAGGUCGAAAACCAGGUUUGAGUUUACCUGCACCUGCAAUGCCCCCUGAGUAGCCCUUUAUGCACAAUAAGGUGUGGCAGUAUGACGCUGGAAUCGUUCGAUACUACAUGCCGCACGAGACCCUUCUCUCAACCUAACCCCAUCAAAAAGGUCAGAAUAGAGGCGACGAUGAUGCCAGUAA